AUGGCGGGUACGUAGUCUAUUUACACUAACUUCGGGAAAUGCACAAUCCCGUCCCAUAUUCGUUUGCCUUUUGGUAGGCCGUCAUUGUGAAUAAGAAUUUGUUAUUAACUGACUUGGCUAGUUAAAUAAAGGUUAAAUAAAUAAAAAAUCAGCUCAUGAAACAUGGGACCAACACUUUACAUGUUGCGUUUAUAUUUGUGUUCAGUAUAAUUAAUUGAAAAAUCAUUGGGCGUUGUACUUUACCAUCAACCGUAACGCCUCUAGGUGGGGUGGUGAUUUCUUCACCGACUUGAAACUAUCCGGACUACUCGUUCAGUUCUAACCGCAGCUUCUGUCUCCAGUUGUUGCCUCAUCUGCGCAGACCACUUUAAAUGUAGGACCAGGACAAGAUGGCGGGUACGUAGUCUAUUUACACUAGCUUCGGGAAAAUGCACAAUUCCGUCCCAUAUUCUAACAGUUUCGAGUGAAAGUCGAUACAGCAGUACAAUUUAGUUAUCGAUUGAGUAUCUUUUGAUUCCGUUUUUGGUUGUUUUUAACAGAUAUAUCUUUACUCCAAGAGGAUUUCCAGGAGGAGUUGGACGGAUGUGAGUUUCUCCCUGUGUGUUCAGUGUUGGAACUUACUGCUAGGGGGCUAGCUUGCAUGCGAUGAUUGCCCUGUCGGCUCUCUGGAGUUCACGGGUCUGUGUGGGCCUUGGUUAGACGAGUUGGACUGUACCUUUUCUUUGCAACUUACUUCACUUCUUCGAUGUGUAAUGAGUUAUAUUCACAUUCUACAUUUAAAUGUUGUCAAAAUAAGUCGUUUCGUAAAAACUAACACUCACGCGCUUGCUGAAAUUUGGCGACAAACUAGCCAGCAAGCGAAUUAGCUAACUAGCCUCUCAAAUAGCCAAGCAGCUAGCUAGCUCAGCUAAAGCAGAGUAACCAGCGGUUCAAUUCACUGCAUUACAUUUGGUUAUGAACGUCUCCUUCGCUAGCUAGGUUCCAAACCUAAUACAUCAAGCUUGCAUUCAGGAUAGUUAACCUAGCUAGGUCAGCUAGCUAGCUACCUCCCAUAGCGGAGGGAGGUUACUGGUUUCGGUUACAUCUGAUAUGGAACCCAGUCAGGGCCCUUUGACUAGUCUGACAUUUCCUGAAGUAGAAUGUGGACUAUUUGGCUUGCUAGUCUUUGCAGCCAAACUAAAUUAGUAUGAUAUAACAACUAGCCAGCUAUCUAGUUUCUAUUACUAUCCAGCAUGCAUAUUAGACAAUUUGCCGACUGAUAAAUUGUAGCAAAAGUGGGAAGUUAAUGCACCUAGCAUGGCUAUAAUGCAGUAACUGGGAUGUGCAGUUACUAUACACUGUACAAGUUAUCUAUUUAUGUUGCAAUAUGAUAGAUUGCUUUGUUUCAGUUGUGCAUUUUGCAACAUACCCAGACCAUUGUGAAACUGUCAACAUGCAACAAGUCCACCUAUAGAUCACUACCUUCCUCCUAUAGAUCCCCACCUGCUUGUAUGCUAUGUGCAUUUUGCCAUGUUUAGAUGUAUUCACUGCAUUUCAAGGACUUCUUCAUAUGUUUCUUUCACCAAAUCUGUCAUUUUCACUUUUUCACUUUUCUUUUGUCUUGGACUGCAUUCUUCUAACCACUGUUGAUAUGCUAAUUGAUUUAGCAUUGGUGCCAAGCUUCUGCCACUACUGCAUGUCACCUCAUCACUGUCCCUCGCCUGUCUGGGUACGUGGUGGUGGGUGCCUCUCAUGCACAAUAUUUCCAAUGUCUCUAAUAGUUGGUGUGGAUGACUACAGCUCAGAGUCUGACGUCAUUAUUAUACCUUCAGCCUUGGACUUUGUAUCGCAAGAUGAGAUGCUGACUCCUCUUGGAAGAUUGGAUAAAUACGUCGCUAGUGAAAACAUUUUUAACAGGUAACAAUCCAAUGGAAUGCUAUUAAAACUCACACUUUUGAAGACCUAUUUUUUUUAAAAUUCUGGAUAAAAUUUUAAAUAUUUGAUUUUUAACCCGAUUUGUUAUGACUUCCAGACAAAUGGUGGCGCGGAGUUUGUUGGACACACUAAAAGCUGUGGGUGAGGAUGACAGGGACUGUAUUGGCGUCUUGGAGAGAGUGGGCCGACUGGCCGAUGACUCGGGUAAGACCCCAUCGCUGAAUAAGAGACGUUUGUUUCAUAUUUACUGUAGUGAAAACUGUCUGUUGUGUACUCGCACUGACUGCGUGUGUGUCUGCAUUCUCUGGACAUGCCCUUAUUUCUGUGUCAUAAAGUUGUCGGUCUGUCCUCUUGGCUGGCCACCAGUGCAGAGGAGAGAGACCUAUGAAUGUUUGAUGGAGCGGUUCAGUUAACUGCACCUGGCUGCCAUUUCACACAGGUGAAAUACAUUUGGUCUGAGUUUUACAGCCGGUCCCAGUUUGCCCCCUUGGCCUUUCGAUGUUUGCAAAUCUGUAAGGUGUAGGUAGGCUAAAGGCAUCAGCAUGCUUCAGUUCGGCUAGCGCCUCACCAAACCAGUGUGCUCGCAUAAUCCCUUAAAAUACCUUCGCUUGAAAAACGUGCCAAUAGUGCUGUUCCUCAAAAUAGUCAGAAUUAAUGUAAGAUAACUCGAGAAAUCUGUCAUUCAUUUUGAAGUUUUUGCAGAGGAGAUCUUAGUCGUGUAAUUUUACAUCUAACUAAAAUGUUUGGUGCUGUAUUUUUCAAUGAAAAAAUGUGCAUGAAAACAAGUCGUCUCUUGUUGAAUGACAAAAACUUUAUAGAAGAAUCUUUACUUUUGACCAAUCACCGACAAAGGGGUGUGCUCAAACAGCCCCCCCCAAAAAAGUAUUUGAUGUCCAAAACGAACAAAAACGUCACAAAAUGUUGUCAUAAUAUAUGCACGAACUGUUUAGGCUGGGAGGCGUGUGGACGCCUUAAGCAAUAUAGCGGAAGGUGCACCACUGCUUAUACAGUAGGGAUUAGAAAAUAUUAAUUAUUAGUUGGGAUAACACCUUAUUAGUUGGGAUGAAUAUGAAUACCAUUUAGCAGACACUUUUAUCCAAAGCGACUUAGUCAUGUGUGCAUACAUUUUUACGUAUGGGUGGUCCCGGGGAUCGAACCCACUACCUUGGCGUUACAAGCGCCAUGCUCUACUAAAUGGUCAGGUCUCUGUAAUUCUCUGAAUGUAGUGACCUAGCAGUGUCCUUGUAAGUGCAGGGCAUGUCUGUCAGCGUAAUGCAAUAGCCCUGCUUAAUGGUGCAAGCAUACUUUAGAGCAGCAACCAGGUCCCUUAACCCUGGAGUACACUGACCAGAGAGGAUCUUAGUCAGUCAGUGGGCAUGUAUUUAAAAAACGUUAUAAAUAAUAUACACUACCAGUCAAAAGUUUGGACACACCGACUCAUUCAAGGGUUUUUCUUUAUUUAAUUUUUUUUUUACAUUGUAGAAUAGUAGUGAAGACAUUUAAAACUAUGAAAUAACACAUACGGAAUCAUGUAGUGACCCAAAACGUGUUAAACAAAUCAAAAUAUAUUUUAUAUUUGAGAUUCUUCAAAUAGCCACCCUUUGCCUUGACAGCUUUGCACACUCUUGGCGUUCUCUCAACCAGCUUCAUGAGGUAGUCACCUGGAAUGCAUUUCAAUUACAUUUUACAAUUUAGUCAUUUAGCAGACGCUCUUAUCCAGAGCGACUUACAGGAGCAAUUAAGGUUAAGUGCCUUGCUCAAGGGCACAUCGACAGAUUUUUCACCUAGUCUGCUCGGGGAUUAGAACCAGCGACCUUUCGGUUACUGGCACAACGCUCUUAACCACUAGGCUACCUGCCGCCUCAAUUAACAGGUGUGCCUUCUUAAAAUGUAAUAUGUGGAAUUUCUUUCCUUCUUAAUGCAUUUGAGCCAAUCAGUUGUGUUUUGACAAGGGGGGGGGGUAUACAGAAGAUAUCCCUAUUUGGGAAAAGACUAAGUCCAUAUAAUGGCAAGAACAGCUCAAAUAAGCAAAGAGAAACGACAGUCCAUCAUUACUUUAAGACAUGAAGGUCAGUAAAUCUGGAACAUUUCAAGAACUUUGAAAGUUUCUUCAACUGCAGUCGCAAAAACCAUCAUGCGCUAUGAUGAAACUGGCUCUCAUGAGGACUGCCACAGGAAUGGAAGAACCAGAGUUCAAGUCACAGACACAUCUCAACAUCAACUGUUCAGAGGGGACUGUGUGAAUCAGGCCUUCAUGGUCGAAUUGCUGCAAAGAAACCACUACUAAAGGACACCAAUAAUAAGAAGAGACCUGCUUGGGUGAAGAAACACGAGCAAUGGACAUUAGACCGGUGGAAAUUUUUCCUUUGGUCUGGAGUCCAAAUUAGAGAUUUUUGGUUCCAACUGCCGUGUCUUUGUGAGAUGCGGUGUGGGUGAACGGAUGAUCUCUGCAUAUAUAGUUCCCACCGUAAAGCAUGGAGGAGGAGGUGUUAUGGUGUGCUUUGCUGGUGACACUGUCUGUGAUUUAUUUAGAAUUCAAGGCACGCUUAACCAGCAUGGCUACCACAGCAUUCUGCAGCGAUUCGCCAUCCCAUCUGGUUUUGGCCUUAUUGGGGCUAUCAUUUGUUUUUCAACAGGACAAUGACCCAACACACCUCCAGGCUGUGUAAGGGCUAUUUGACCAAUAAGGAGAGUGCUGCAUCAGAUGACCUGGCCUCCACAAUCUCUCCCCACCUCAACCCAAUUGAGAUGGUUUGGGAUGAGUCGGAGGGAGAGUGAAGGAAAAGCAGCCAACAAUUGCUCAGCAUAUGUGGGAACUCCUUCUAGACUGUUGGAAAAGCAUUCCAGGUGAAGCUGGUUGAGAGAAUGCCAAGAGUGUGCAAAUCUGUCAUCAAGGAAAAGGGUGGCUAUUUGAAGAAUCUCAAAUAUAAAAUAUAUUUUGAUGUGUUUAACACCUUUUUGGUUACUACAUGAUUCCAUAUGUGUUAUUUCAUAGUUUUGAUGUCUUCACUAUUAUUCUACAAUGUAAAAAAUAGUACAAAUAAAGAAAAACCCUUUAAUGAGUAGGUGUGUCCAAACCUUUGACUGGUACUGUACAUAAAAUAAAAAGUGUUUCCCUUAGCAAUACAUAGGCGGGGUGUGCUUUGGGGACAUUCUGGCCCCGCCUGGGUAAAACAGAGAGUCAACAAUACACAGUCCGUCAGCAUCCUCCUCACACAGCAUGGAGGAGCUAUUUAUUAGUGGAUUGAUGUAUAUCUUUAAAAUAUAGGCUUAACUAAAUUCACAUCUGAAGUUAAGACAAUCUAACUGUAUUCCUGCAGACAAUUUCUCUGGACAAAUGAUAUCCUCCUCUGGCCCCAGGGCAUCCAGCCAGGUGUCAUUCAUUGUUGAACACUUGUGCUGCUGUCUGAUGAAACCAGACCCCUUUGUCAUUGAAGGCAUUUGAUCUUCAGGUUUUAUUGACCCCCUUUUCUAUUGUCCUUAAAAUGUUUUUAAAAUGGCUGACAUUUUACUCUUUCAGAGCCCUCUGUAAGAGCAGAGCUAAUGGAGCAAGUUCCUCACAUCGCCAUUUUCUGUCAAGAGAACAGACCUUCCAUUCCGUUUGCCUUCUCCAAGUACUUGCUACCGAUUGUCGUGAGAUACCUGGCUGACCAGAACAACCAGGUAAGGGAGGCGUGUGAUAAGAAUGCAUUACAUUCUCUGUUUGUUCUGUUUUUGAAUUGCCUCUCACUCGCUCUCUCUAGCCAUUUGGCGCAUGUUAAAUAAACAUCUAUUCAACUGUUUUCAAUGAUAAUGAGUUAAGCUGAUAGAAUAACAUCUAACUAAUGUUAUUAAUAACUUCCCUAUAAUGAUUCUGAUGUCUCCCCAGGUCAGAAAGACCAGCCAGGCGGCCCUGCUGGUGCUGCUGGAGCAGGAGCUGAUUGAGAGGGGGGACAUUGAGACCCUGGUGUGCCCCGUCCUGGUGGACCUGACCGCCCCCGACAGCAACGACGACGUCAAGACGGAAGCCAUGGCCGUGAGUCACUUGACAAAGGAGAUGUCUAAAAUGGCACCCUAUUUCCCUAUAUAGUGCACUACUUAAGUAGCUUUGAUGGUCAAAAGCAGUGUAAUACAUAUGGCAAUAUAGGGUGCAGUAGUAUGGAGACAGUGGUCAGGGAACAUUUUACGUUCAAUUAUUAUAUUACCAGGCAGCUACUGUGCCAUAUAAGUAGAAUAUGGUUGACCCCUUUUUUGUUUUAUCUGACUUGCUGUUUGCCGUCGCUGUGAUUUAGAGAAGCAGGCUGCAGCCAGCGUUCAACUUAAUGUUUGCCCUUCUGCAGAUAGUACAAGACAAGGGUAUUUCAAAGUUGUCCGUAGGACGCAGGUAGUGUUGUUGUGACAUUUUAAUUCAAACCUCCAUGCUGUGUGAGGAGGAUGCUGACGGACGGUGUAUUUUGACACUCUUUUUUUGUGGCUGUAGAUCAUCUGUAAGAUGGCCCCCAUGGUGGGCAAGGACAUCACCGAGCGCCUCUUCCUGCCCCGCUUCUGUGAGAUGUGCUGCGACUGCAGGAUGUUCCACGUGCGCAAGGUCAGUAGAGACUAGGGUUGUGUUCAUUAGGCACCAAACAAACGAAAACAGACUGAAACAGGAGGAGGGGCUACCUGGACUUGUCCAAUAAGAAAGACAAGUUUUCCAUUAAAACAAAACAUUUUUAAACGUCUUCUGUUGUGCCUUAAUGAACACGACCCUGGAUUAGACCACCCCCCGGCAGUGGCUAUACACUCAAGCAGACUUUCUCACAUGUAUUAUUGGCCUUUUUUAAAGCUUUUUUGUUUAACGUAUUGUUACAUCUGCUUGGGGUUUGUUUUAGAUGAGUCAAUGUUUUAGAUGAGGUCCUUUCUGUGUGUUUGUGGCAGGUUUGCGCUGCGAACUUUGGCGACAUUUGCAGUGUUGUCGGAGGAGAGGCGACCGAGGAACUCCUGGUACGUGUUGACUUCCUCAGCCAACUGACUUGAUAGCUUUGUUUGCUUCCAGCGACACACCAGGGUUUACUUAAAUGAGUCAUCUAAAAGCCAGAAGCUUCUAUUGCACAUGCUGUUCCCAACUACCACUUUUCCACCUCUGAUCUUUCUCUGUAUUCAGAAUAUUGUUCUCUAUGUUGCAGCUGUGUUGUGAGAUUGAGAUUGUAAUGGGUGAAACAUUGAUGCUCUCUGUCUCUCUCUCCACUCAGUAGCUCGUCCCUGUGUGACUAGGAAAAGGCAUUCUGAGCUCUGACUAACUGAAACACUGUUUUUUGUUUUUUUUCCUGCCCUCUCUCGCUCCCACCUCUCUCCUUUCCUGCCCAGCUGCCCCGCUUUUUCCAGCUCUGCUCGGACAACGUGUGGGGGGUGAGGAAGGCGUGCGCCGAGUGCUUCAUGAGCGUUUCCUCGUCCACCUCGCAGGAAGUGCGCAGGACCAAGCUCUCGUCGCUCUUCAUCAGCCUCAUCAGCGACCCCUCCCGAUGGGUGAGCACUCAGCAGAAAGGGGGAUUUCUGCCAUUUGGACAACCCACAUCCUAAAUGGAAACUAAAUACUUUAGCAUAGGCAUUAAACAUUGACCUACUGGGGCUAGAUUGCCACUGUUCGUGCUCUAGGUAUUUUGCUGUAACGGUAACUAACUUUCCCAGUGUGGCUCAGUUGGUAGAGCAUGGCACUUGCAACGCCAGGGUUGUGGGUUCGAUUCCCAUGGGGGACCAGUACGAACAAAUAUGAAAAUGUAUGCACUCACUACUGUAAUUCGCUCUGGAUAAGAGCGCCUGCAAAAUAACUAAAAUGUAAAAUGAAACUAAUUUUUUAGAGAGAAUACCUUUUUUACUGCAGGGCCUGAGGGUAGUAGUGUUUAUUUCCCUAUAGUUAGCCCACCAUUAUGGAACAUUCACAUUACAUCGUUUACCAGCAUGUCUGACAGGCCACUUAGGCCGUGACUCCUGGUUGUCUCAACUUCCUUAUUUGAAUGCACAACUUGGCUACUUGACAGUAGAGUAAUUGACAUGUCAUACUCUUUCGUUCCUUUACCUCUCUGUCUCUCAGGUGCGUCAGGCUGCCUUCCAGUCGCUGGGCCAGUUCAUCUCCACGUUCGCCAUCCCCAACAGUGUGGGCCAGUACUUCAGAGAGGGGGAGGAGGGCGAGUGCAACUGUGUCCAUUCACAGAACAGGUGCAGCCAUUUUGGGCCUUUUGAGCAUGCAUCUAAAAGGGGAUUUACGUUAGUGGCUUUCUCUCAGUGAAGGAAAUCCACCAAGCUUGUAUUGUACUGCCUUGUUUGUAACGAGCUUCCUCUCUCUGCCCCAGUAUUGAAGAGAAACCAAUGAACCCGGACACUACAGACCCUUGUCUCAGCGCUGACACAGAGGACUCUCCGAGGCAGGGGGAUGACUCUCCUGCAUGCACAAAUGGCAACCACGAGGAGGGUUGUCUACAACAGAACUGCGUUUCCAACAAUGCCCAGGGGGACCACAGCGAGGGGGAGGACGGGGGCUUUUGCCAGACAGAGGAGGAGGUAGGAGGAAUGGACGUGGCGGAGGAGGGGGGUGGGGAGCAGGCGGCGGAGGCUUUGGCGGAUGCCCUGGACGGUCCCGAGUGCCUCUGUGGCAAGGAGCCUUCCUCGCUCGCCUCCAACCCGGACCCCUUCGAGGAGCAGGGAGACUCCUCCAACACAGCAGGGGCCCAGGAGGAGGAGGAAGCCCCUUCAGCGGCUACUGAGAGCACUAAGAACGAGCCACAGCCACAUGAAAAACGCACAACCUCCAACGAGAAGGAGGACGACUCACCAGCAGACAUAUCUGAGUCCUCGUCCUUUUCCCCUGAGCCAGCAGAGGAGGAGUCCCCCUGUGUUAGUCCUCAGGACAAUAUCCCCGAGCAGGAGCUCUACAACUCCUUCCACUUCUGGAGGACGCCCAUCGCUGAGAUGGACCUUGACAUAGAGCUGCUCCAGCAGGGGGAGAGCGGCCAGGAGGAGCCCCCCAGCUACGUCUCCUCCAGUCCGGGCAAGACUAAAGCCUCGGCCCCAGUCCUGGAUAGGAAACAGCUGGAAGAGCUGAUCGAAAACCUGGAGCCUCAUAUUGACGACCCCGACGUGAAAGGUGAGCUGCGCUCUGUGAAGCUGUAGCUUUACCUCCCUGUCAGAGGUCUACACUCGACUGCUGAGGUCACGAGAAGCUGCUUACUUAAAUACCAUACGUAGAAAUUUAACUCAAUAACAGGUGGUUGUUAUUUUGGUAACUGAUGAAAUUCAUGGGGUCGUGUGUCCAUUCAUAUAGGGAUGGCUCAUAGUGUGAAGGCUGAAUGCAAUUAUAUUGUAAGAGAAGUUGAGACGGAGGGUGAAUUCCCUUGGGUUAUAAAGAGACUAAUCCUUAACCCGAGCAAGCAGUGAAAUUCAAUACGUUGUUUACAAUUAAGAUUCCUCUGCCGUGAAUGGACAGAAGAAGCUCUGUUUGACAGGUAGUGUAGGGUAGAGUUCAGAGGCUAACGCUAUAGGCCGACUGUGUGAGAGGCUUUGAGUCCAGUUGAAUGUGUUUUUGGUGGAUUGAAACCCUUGAUGUCGCAUGUGAGGCUAGCAGCCUGCUAGCGCCUGGCCAUUUCACACAAUAGAAACGGGAAGUCAUUUUUGGGCCGACUUGAAAGGGACGGAGAGGGAGAAAAUAGAAAACCGGGAGAGGUGUGUGUGUGUGUGUGUAUGGCCUGUAACGUCACAAAUCGCACAAUGAAACUAACGGCGUUGUCAGAGGAUACCAAAAAGCACCAGAAAGAAACUUCAAACUAAAGCAGUUUUUUUCGUCGUGAAACAGUUUUUUUUUCCUGCAAUCCUCUUUUUAUAUGCGAGCCCCCUUCUUGUCUGCCUAUAGGUGCAAUCCAACAUGCUGCAUGGAAUGAAAACCCAGGUAGUCUAGGUCAGGGAUGGGGAAACUCCAGUCCUCGGGGGCCGGAGUGGUGUAACACUUUUUCCCCCAUCCCUAGCCAACACAGCUGAUGAAAGUAAUUGCAUUCUAAACUGAACAUCAUGAAUAGUUGAUUAUUGGAGUCAGGUGUGUUGGCUGGGGCAAAAGUGUGACACUAAUCAGGCCCCAGAGGACUGGAGUUAGCCCUAUACUACAGAACACUGCUGUGUGGAAAUAUAAUUAACUGUUCUUUUCCAGUGAAAUUUAAUGAUCUGUCUCUGAGUACAGUUAUAUCCGCACAAUAAUGUGAUUAUUGUGGAUAGUCAGAUUAAUAUAACAGUUUGAUUAAAACAUGUACAUGCUUUGCAAGAAGAACAAUUUCCCUAAUAACCCAAUUUUACAUGGACACAUCUGAAAUCAGGCUACCUGAUGGCACUCUGAUAAAUGCAGAAAAUCCGCAAUCUAAAUAAAUGUUCUACCACAGCGACCAUGUUAUUUUUGGGAAGCAUGUUUUAAUUCUGAGUUCGGACAUAGAAGUAGUUUUCACAUACAAUCUUUGUAAGACUCAUACACUCAGUUGUUCUGAACUCACUUCACUGGCGCUAAAGAGGGAGGCUCUCGGCUGGUGCUAGCACAUGUGCAGAUCAAAUACACUGCUGGAAUGGCGAUUUUAAGGUGUUUACAUGUCCUGAUAAAUAGAACGAUUGUUUUAGUCAGUAUGUUUACUUAGAUUUUGACCUUACGCCGAUGUAAGGUGUUUACAUGACUGUUGCAUAAUCUUCCUACUGCCAUAGUCAGUUUAGUAUCGAAUUAUUACUGUGCAUGUAAACGUACUCCCUAGUGUCAUCAUGUAGGGCGUGCAUUGGUUUGAUGAACCAUGCAUUCAGUGACGUGAAACGUUUAGAAUGUUGCAGAUAGAAAUGGAAUGAAUAGAGCUGACGAACAAUCCUCAGUUCUACAUGAUGGACCUUCAUUUCCUAUCAGAAUAUACCAUAACGCUAGGCUGCAUCCUCCUGAACAGGCCCCAGAUGUACUGAAGCACACUGUAAAUCCGUCAAGGUUAAGCAGAGUCCGUCAAUCUGCUCUUCCUCGUCUGUUAAGACGAGCUUUGUGUCGGUGCUUAGGGUCAGUGCAGUGUGAUCUGUUCUUGUGAAGAGGCUGAUGGGAGAGGCUGUAAGCCCAGAUAAAGGCUCACUGUUGUGCAUAUGGCACAAAGAACGCUUGUUUGACAAGGACACACGCACACAGGCCUCGAUUGGCUGUUUAUACACUCAAGAUAAUGGUGUCACAACAAGGAGGAAUUCAUGUAUAUGAUAGAAUGAACACAGGCUAGGUAUUAGCAAUAUGGUAGUUGCGCUAGGCUAAAGUUGGAAUUCUUGGCAAUAAUACUGCUUACCCCAUGGCAUGCCUAGGUGUGAAGAGCUUGGCUAUUGUUUCUGAACAAGUGAACAUGGUGAUAGGGCAAUGUGGAACUCUCCUGCUCAUCCAUGUCUCGUUCCCCCGCUUCCUGCAGCACAAGUGGAUGUCCUGACAGCUGCGUUGAGAGCCACAACCAUGGACUCUCACCUAGAGGAUGCCUUCCUGGAGCCCCGGGACAGCCAGGGGGGACACCACCACGACAACCCCUUUGGAGUGCACCAGAUGCCCCUCAUAGGACACCGUUCAGACAUGGAGGUGAGGGGGGAAAUGGCAUCACGCCUAUAGAGAGAAAUUAGAUGUAGGGUAGUGUGUCAUGUUUGACUCGUGAUUAAUCUUGGUGUCUGUGUAGAGACGAAACUCGACCCUGCAGAUGAGCCAUGGCGACGACUCUGAGCUGAGCGACAGCAGCUUCAGUCCAGAGGACGAGAAGAAAUCCAAGCAUCAGGACGUGAUCCCCCAGGCCCUGCUGGACCAGUACCUGUCCAUGACGGACCCUUCCAGAGCCCAGACAGUGGACAUGGAGAUCGCAAAGCACUGUGCCUACAGCCUUCCCGGUGUGGCCAUGACCCUGGGCAGACAGAACUGGCACUGCCUCAGGGACACCUAUGAGACCCUGGCCUCUGACAUGCAGGUGUGUCUACGCUCCAGUUCUGUCUAGGCUACAUCUCACUUACACCCUCUGUAAAUUGUACUGUAAAGGUUUUUGAGGAAAACAUUUUCUCUUCAGGGGUCGUUUUUGACUUUUCACCCAUUCCAUUUCAACCUCUAAACACUCCCCACCAUGGAACACAUUCACUAGAGCACAACGUUGUGGAAUGUUUAGGCAGAACUAGAGCACAACGUUGUGGAACGUUUAGGUAGAUCUAGAUUGUGUAGAACUGGCAUGCCUCGCUCACUUGUAGAGUAAGCUCUAAUCAUGACGUUUCCAUCUGCACGUUCCACAACGUUGCACCCUCCUGAAUGUGCCCCUGGUGGGAUUAUUGUGUAGCCUAGCAGUGUGGAUCUCUGUGCUCUCACUGUAGUCCAUUUCCUCCUCUCCUGCCCGCUGGUUGUCAGGGAGGGUGCUGUGACAGAGACUGGACCUAGUUUACUUUUCUUUAUACUCCUCCUCAAGCACCUUAUUAUUAAUUUUGUGGUUCUCCAAAGCCCAAUGUGUGGUUCCUUGGCUUUCCAAAUGCAUUCCUCCAAAAAUAAACUUGUGCCCUCUCACCAUUCCGUUCUCAACCCCAAAGUUUGCCUGCCUGCAAGGGAACACCUUUUGCCCCAGGCACGACAGCUAAAGGGCUUGACACUAUAGGCUCUGGUCAGAUUCUCAAUCCCUCCCAAUCAGCUAGCAGGAGCUGGAAGCAGGAAGCCUGAGGACUGGAGUUGGCCCGCCCCCCCAUGUGAUGCCUUAAUGUGUCCGAUGCUGUCUCCCCCUGGCAGCUCCCUUUGUCCCACUUAUACACACCCUCUAACAUCUCUGGGCCUUCCUGGGUUCUAAAAUGUCUCUUUUGCUCCUCUCCCUCCCCCAGUGGAAGGUGCGUCGGACGCUGGCCUUCUCCAUCCACGAGCUGGCGCUGAUCCUGGGGGACCAGCUAACGGCAGCGGACCUGGUGCCCAUUUUCAACAGCUUCCUCAAGGACCUGGAUGAGGUACGGGUAGGGGUCCUCAAACACCUCUACCACUUCCUCAAGGUCAGUCAGCACCUCUCUCUUUAGCACUGACAUCAAUAUAAGAAAAUACUUAAUCAGUAAUGAAUAUUGGUAAAAAUACUAAUAGAAAUGAUCAUUAGAACGGAUAGGUAGCCUUUUUUUAUUGCUUCAUGUUGUGUUGUCUGAAAUGUUCCUACAGCUCCUAAUGGUUGAUAUUUACAAUAGUGCUGCUGUGUGAGAUGAUAGUAUCCAGGCACUCCUGCUGUAUCUUCUGUUAUGCAGUGUAGAGUUUCACUGUUCUGCUGUGUGGUCGCAGGGGAUCAACCUCUCUCCACCCCCAAAUCUUCUCUCCAUUCAUCCUCUUGUUCUCUCUCCAUUUUUUAUUUUUUUUUCUCUCUCCGCCCUUCUCACUCUCUAUAUACUUACCCUGCCUCUCCCCUCUCCCCUCUCCCCUCUCCCCCCUCCCCUCUCCCCCCUCCCCUCUCCCCUCUCCCCCCUCCCCCCUCCCCUCACCCUCUAGCUGCUGCACCAGGACACGCGGCGUAAAUACCUGUACCAGCUCCAGGAGUUCCUGGUCACAGACAACAGCCGCAACUGGCGCUUCCGAUCAGAGCUGGCAGAGUAGGUUCCACCCUGUUACCACACUUCAUUUAUCCAUUUUAUUUCCCCUGUCAACUUAGUUGUCACACACACCAUUAGUAGCCAGACAAGUAGCCAGACCUACAGACAGCAUAAGUAGUGACAUUUACUGUGUGAAGGAGUUUAACAUAGAUUUUCAAAGAUGACUCUCUUUGGUGACGUUUUGGUUCUAUGGGUCAGGGUAAUGUGAAAAGCUGACCAGUGAGUGACCUUGCCCUCUGUGUGUUCUCAGACAGCUGGUGUUUCUACUGGAGCUGUACAGUGGUCAGGAUGUGUAUGACUACCUUCGACCCCUGGCCUUCAGCCUGUGUAUGGACAGAGUGUCCUCUGUACGCUGGACCUCCUACAAACUGGUACGUCCCCCAGGAGCAUACCCCCAACACGAUCACGGCCAGCAACACACCCCCAACACGAUCACGGCCAGCAACACACCCCCAACACGAUCACGGCCAGCAACACACCCCCAACACGAUCACGGCCAGCAACGCACCCCCAACACGAUCACGGCCAGCAACGCACCCCCAACACGAUCACGGCCAGCAACGCACCCCCAACACGAUCACGGCCAGCAACGCACCCCCAACACGAUCACGGCCAGCAACGCACCCCCAACACGAUCACGGCCAGCAACGCACCCCCAACACGAUCACGGCCAGCAACGCACCCCCAACACGAUCACGGCCAGCAACGCACCCCCAACACGAUCACGGCCAGCAACGCACCCCCAGCAACGCCCCAACCCCCAACACGAUCACGGCCAGCAACACACUCUAUAUAUAUAUAUAUAUAUCUCACACAGUACCAGUCAAAAGUUUGGACACAGCUACUCAUUCAAGGGUUUUUCUUUAUUUUUACUAUUUUCUACAUUGUAGAAUAAUAGUGAAGACAUCAACACUAUGAAAUAACACAUAUGGAAUCAUGUAGUAACCAAAAAAGUGUUAAACAAAUCAAAAUAUAUUUUAUAUUUGAGAUUCAUCAAAUAGCCACCAUUUGUCUUGAUGACAGCUUUGCACACUCUUGGCAUUCUCUCGACCAGCUUAACCUGGAAUGCUUUUCCAACAGUCUUGAAGGAGUUCCCACAUAUGCUGAGCGCUUGUUGGCUGCUUUUCCUUCACUCUGCGGUCCAACCCAUCCCAAACCAUCUCAAUUGGGUUGAGGUCGGGGGAUUGUGGAGGCCAGGUCAUCUGAUGCAGCACUCCAUCACUCUCCUUCUUGGUCAAAUAGCCCUUACACAGCCUGGAGGUGUGUUGGGUCAUUGUCCUGUUGAAAAACAAAUGAUAGUCCCACUAAGCGCAAACCAGAUGGGAUGUCAUAUCGCUGCAGAAUGCUGUGGUAGCCAUGCUGGUUAAGUGUGCCUUGAAUUCUAAAUAAAUCACAGACGGUGUCACCAGCAAAGCACCAUCACACCACCACCUCCAUGCUUCACGGUGGGAACCACACAUGCAGAGAUCAUCCGUUCACCUACUCUGCGUCUCACAAAGACACGGCGGUUGGAACCAAAAAUCUCACAUUUGGACUCAUCAGACCAAAGGACAGAUUUCCACCGGUCUGAUGUCCAUUGCUCGUGUUUCUUGGCCGAAGCAAGUCUCUUCUUAUAAUUGGUGUCCUUUAGUAGUGGUUUCUUUGCAGCAAUUUGACCAUGAAGGCCCGAUUCACGCAGUCUCCUCUAAACAGUUGUUAACUCUGGGUCUUCCAUUCCUGUGGCGGUCCUAAUCAGAGCCCAUUUCAUCAUAGUGCUUGAUGGUAGUAGUCUUUUGUAAUGUUACACCAUCACAUCCCUGAUAAAUAUUUCUCCCUCCCUACCAUUUCCACAUAUCUAGAAUGUCUUUUGUGUUUUGCUCAGCAACAUCAUACUCAGCAGGGCGACUUCCUGCUUACAGACGUCAGCAACAACACAAUUCAAGUCUGCUUAAGAUGGCCUCUGUUGGCUCUUCCCAAUAUUCGCCUUUCACUGAGGCAUGCCCUUAUUGGGAAGAGAUCAUAGUAGUAGUUUAGUGAUCACUCAGUAAAAAAAUAUAUACUAUUCUGUUAGCAAGACGUCACUCCUCUUUGUAUGAUGUCGUGUUACUGAGCCCAUCUUUUAAGUUCUCUGGGCAUCAUUUACCCAGAAUUUGACGAGGAAAUUUGAUUGAUGGUAUUUAAACAGUAUAUUAUGUAUUCCUUUUGUGUAUUGUUAGGUGAGUGAGAUCAUCAGGAAGGUGGCGUCGUGCCAGGCGCUGCUGGCAGACUUCCUGAGUGAGCUGGUGGAGAAGUUCUGCCACUCCCCAAAGUGGUCGGGACGACAGGCCUUCACCUUCAUCUGUCAGGUGAGGACAUCUUCUUCGUCAUGUAAAUGUAAAAAUGUUCAUCGUUAGGCUUUGGCGGUAUACCGGAGUAUUUGGAAGUAGCCACGGGAUGGUUUUUCAGUUCCGUCAACACCGUUAACUAUUUAUUUUGAAAUGUUGAAAAAUUAUUUGUAGCUACUUUAAUUAAAUAUCCGGGGGUCAACUUGUGCAAUACGUUAGGAAAUAAAGCACAUUGCGUUGUUCAUUUUACCAUAUUUUUUAUUAUGAAGCUUACCGGUAGUCCCCAGUCACAUGGUGUUUGCUUACAAGCACACAACGACGAGAGUCUGCCAGCAGCAACUUGUGAGUCACUCACUGUUUUGCAGCACACGCCAGGUGAUCUAGUUACACUAUGGAAUUCACAACUAAAUGUUUGCCAGCUAGAUAUCUUCUCUAUUCAGUUAACUCUCUAAAAUGUGCUAAAUGCUCUGCAGUUGUGUAUUUGGUUUGCUAAAUUAGCUUCUUGCAAAAUCAAGCUUCUCUUGAUAACAGCAGGGUCCCCUCCUGGAUCAAUAGCCUUGCUGUCUAAGAUUUGUUUUGUCUGUGCAGCAAAGUGUGAGUAGCAUUUGUAGAACUUUGCGCUGGGAUGUCUGUCCUGCAAAUAUUUUGUUAGACUUUAUAAAAUGUUCCCAAUGUGCUCGUUAGCAUUUAGCUAGCAUUCGCUAUGGGAUUUUACACGUACUUGUUAGCAUUACUAACGUUCUUAUUAAAGAGGGGUUUGAAAAAUAGUUCCCCUUGUGUUCAGUGCCGGUAUUACCGAAGAGCCCGGGAUGGCACAAGGUCGGUAUGACAACCGCCCAAGCCAAUUCAUCUUUAUUAUUCUCAUGUCAUCUCCUGACCUAACAAACACAAACAGAAUCAUCCAGUAGGUUUAACCCAAUUUUCUCCCACAUUUAAGAGAUACAGUAACAAAGAUAAAAUAAGAAUAACAAAGAAAAUAAAAAUUUCACAAACAGACAAAUUAAACACAAAAGCUCAGUUUAAAUAAAAUAAUUAGGGCCAACACAUGGAACGUACAGUGUAAUCCUGAGACAAGUAAACAACCACCAUUAUGAGAAAAUCCUUGCAUUAUAAUAGCUGAUAAAUCAGUUUCUAGGUAAUUCAAAAAAGGUUCCCACACUUAGUAGAACUGAUCUGUUUUAGAAUGUAAUGUACAUGUCAGAUAUUCCAAUGAAACCCAUUCAAAUAAACUCAGCAAAAAAAGAAACGUCCUCACUGUCAACUGCGUUUAUUUUCCGCAAACUUAACGUGUAAAUAUUUGUAUGAACAUAACAAGAUUCAACAACUGAGACACAAACUGAACAAGUUCCACAGACAUGUGACUAACAGAAAUUGAAUAAUGUGUCCCUGAACAAAGGGGGGGGUCAAAAUCUAAAGUAAGUCAGUAUCUGGUGUGGCCACCAGCUGCAUUAAGUACUGCAGUGCAUCUCCUCCUCAUGGAUUGCACCAGAUUUGCCAGUUCUUGCUGUGAGAUGUUACCCCACUCUUCCACCAAGGCACCUCCGAGUUCCCGGACAUUUCUGGGGGGAAUGGCCCUAGCCCUGACCCUCCGAUCCAACAGGUCCCAGACGUGCUCAAUGGGAUUGAGAUCCGGGCUCUUCGCUGGCCAUGGCAGAACACAAUGGCAAGACACAUUCCUGUCUUGCAGGAAAUCACACACAGAAUGAGCAGUAUGGCUGGUGGCAUUGUUAUGCUGGAGGGUCAUGUCAGGAUAAGCCUGCAGGAAGGGUACUACAUGAGGGAGGAGGAUGUCUUCCCUGUAACGCACAGCGUUGAGAUUGCCUGCAAUGACAACAAGCUCAGUCUGAUGAUGCUGUGACACACCGCCCCAGACCAUGACGGAUCCUCCACCUCCAAAUCGAUCCUGCUCCAGAGUACAGGCCUCGGUGUUACGCUCAUUCCUUCGACGAUAAACGCGAAUCCGACCAUCACCCCUGGUGAGACAAAACCGUGACUGACACAGCGAGGAUGAUCUGCUGUCCGUCCUGUCUCCUUGUAGCGCUGUCUUAGGGGUCUCACAGUACGGACAUUGCAAUUUAUUGACCUGGCCACAUCUGCAGUCCUCAUGCCUCCUUGCAGCAUGCCUAAGGCACGUUCACGCAGAUGAGCAGGGACCCUGGGCAUCUUUGACUGAUAUUCUGCAAAAGGUACAGGGAUUGGACUGCUGAGGACUGGGGUAAAGUCAUUUUCUCUGAUGAAUCCCCUUUCCGAUUGUUUGGGCCAUCUGGAAAACACCUUGUCCGGAGAAGACAAGAUGAGCGCUACCAUCAGUCCUGUGUCAUGCCAACAGUAAAGCAUCCUGAGACCAUUCAUGUGUGGGGUUGCUUCUCAGCCAAGGGAGUGGGCUCACUCACAAUUUUGAUAAGAACACAGCCAUGAAUAAAGAAUGGUACCAACACAUCCUCCGAGAGCAACUUCUCACAACCAUCCAAGAACAGUUUGGUGACGACAAAUGCCUUUUCCAGCAUGAUGGAGCACCUUGCCAUAAGGCAAAAGUGAUAACGAAGUGGCUCGGGGAACAAAACAUCGACAUUUUGGGUCCAUGGCCAGGAAACUCCCCAGACCUUAAUCCCAUUGAAAACUUGUGGUCGAUCCUCAAGAGGCGGGUGGACAAACAAAACCCCACAAAUUCUGACAAACUCCAAUCAUUGAUUAUGCAAGAAUGGGCUGCCAUCAGUCAGGAUGUGGCCCAUAAGUUAAUUGACAGCAUACCAGGGCAGAUUAUACUUCAGUAUACCAUAGUAACAUCUGACAGAAAUAUCUCGUAACACUGAAGCAGCGAACUUUGUGAAGAGCAAUAUUUGUGUCAUUCUCAAAACUUUUGACCACGACCGUAGACCAGUACCUUUUUGUAAUUUGGAACAUGACCAUAAGCAAUGUGUUGGUGUGUCUGUAUCAGUUGUACAUUUUAGACAUUGAGGAGGAGGACACGGGGCUAAAAGCAUGUCUGUGGUUUGGGGAUAUAUGCAAUCUGUGUAUUAUUCUUAAUUGGAUUGCUCUAGUACGAUUACAGCUAGAUAUUGUUUUUGCAUAUCUCCAGAUGUCCUCCCACAGUCAAUAGUAACAAAAUGAUUUCUCCCACAGUCGCUUGACCCCCUGUGUGUCAACAGUAGAAAAGGACCUUAAAGCAUCAUAAAAUAAACUUGGACAUUUUCCUUUGUGAGGGGGGGGGGGAAAAAAGCAUUAUUUCAAUGACAGACACAUCAGGGUUGCCAAUCAAGGUGGUGCUCUUCAAAACGUCUUACUUACUUUGGGAGUUGAUAUUUCUCAACCAUCUGCUCAAAUGACAAUAAAAUCUUUACAGCUAAUAAAUCAUUUAGUCUGCCUAUGCCCUUUUUAUAAAGCCAAAUGUUAGCAAGCAUCCAGGUUGUUAAGAAUGGAGGUAAGUGCAGAGGUUAGUUUGGACUGACCUCCAUGCUUUGAGUGUAAUGGGAUUAUUGCAGUCAUCUUUUACAGAUUUGAAGCUUCUGAAAAAUAUAAGAUCUUGCUAGGGGUAUUUUGAAAAAGUCUCAAUAUCUAUCCAAAUAGAAUAAUUGUUAUUUGUGAUCCAAUCAGAAAUAUUAUGUAAGUGGGCACCCCACUGAUAAAACCUAAUAUUGGGCCAGAGCCAAGCCCCCCAUAGAACCUGACAGCUGCAAUAUUUCCAUUUCAAAUUUGUUUGCCUUGCGUUUACUCCAUAUGAAGGAACUUAACCAGCCAUUUAAGUAUUUUAUUACCUUAUUGGAAAGUAAGACUGGGAUCAUUUGGAUUGGGUGAAGUAGUCUAGGUAAAAUGUUCAUUUUCAACAUUAUUUUUUAUUAUUUUUUCAAGACGGAUAUUCUACCCAACCAUGAAAUCGGAAGAGUUCCAGCGCUCCAGAUCCUGUCUUAUUGUGUCAAAUAAGGGAACAGAAUUGGCUUUGUACAUUUGCUGGAAUUUAGGAGUUAGGAAUAUACCCAAUACGUAAAACCUGAGGGAGACCAUUUAAAAGGAAAGGGGGGAGAGGUAGGAGGUACAGAGCUAAGACUACCAAGUGGCAUUGCCUCUGAUUUAGUUAAAUUAAUCAUGUAGCCUGAGAAUACACUGAAUAAUUCAAUAAUAUUAACAACAAGAAAUGUAAUUGAAGUCUCGGGGCUAGAGAUGAAUAUGAAAACAUCAGCUGCCAAGAUUUUUAAUGAAGGUCCAUUUUUAUUGAAGAGCCUUUUAGUUUCCCCACCCACAUAUUAUACAGUGGAGUGAGUGGCUAUGGUUGCUAAGAGGACACUGUUUUCAACGGGACACUUGACAUUGUCCCCACCAUUUAUUUGAUAACAUGAGUGGCACCAUUCUCUGUCCCACAAUGUGUCUAUUGUGUUGGAGGACAAUGAGAUCAUGAUGACUGAGUGUGUGUGAGUCCAAGAGGUCAAGUGUGUUAACGCGCAAACACACACACACACACACACACACACACACAUUUGUGCUUUCUGUUCUGUCUCGUGCAUGCACUCACGCACACAGAAUCACACACUCCCCUAAUCCAUCUCUAAAACACACACGCUCUGACCAUCCUCCUUCUCUCUCUUUCUGUCAGCUGGCGAUUGAGGAUGACUGUGUGUCGUUGGAGCAGUUCUCAGAGCACCUGCUAGCCCCUCUGUUACAGCUGGCCUCCGACCCCGUGGCCAACGUCAGGGUGCUGCUGGCCAAGACCAUCCGCCAGAGCCUGCUGGAGAGAGGUACACACACGCACACACACACCUGCAUGCUCCUCUGACCAAUUCCAUAGAGUUAAGCCUAGGAAACAAGCAAUUAUGGCUUCAUUUGUUGUAUUUUAUUGUAAAAAAUAAUAGUAUUUAUGAAAUACAAAGUAAGGAUUUACUUUUUACUGCACUAAUAUAUACACUGCUCAAAAAAAUAAAGGGAACACUUAAACAACAUAAUGUAACUCAAAGUCAAUCACACUUCUGUGAAAUCAAACUGUCCACUUAGGAAGCAACACUGAUUGACAAUACAUUUCACAUGCUGUUGUGUAAAUGGAAUAGACAACAGGUGGAAAUUAUAGGCAAUUAGCAAGACACCCCCAAUAAAGGACUGGUUUUGCAGGUGGUGACCACAGACCACUUCUCAGUUCCUAUGCUUCCUGGCUGAUGUUUUGGUCACUUUUGAAUGCUGGCGGUGCUUUCACUCUAGUGGUAGCAUGAGACGGAGUCUACAACCCACACAAGUGGCUCAGGUAGUGCAGCUCAUCCAGGAUGGCACAUCAAUGCGAGCUGUGGCAAGAAGGUUUGCUGUGUCUGUCAGCGUAGUGUCCAGAGCAUGGAGGCGCUACCAGGAGACAGGCCAGUACAUCAGGAGACAUGGAGGAGGCCGUAGGAGGGCAACAACCCAGCAGCAGGACUGCUACCUCCGCCUUUGUGCAAGGAGGAGCAGGAGGAGCACUGCCAGAGCCCUGCAAAAUGACCUCCAGCAGGCCACAAAUGUGCAUGUGUCUGCUCAAAUGGUCAGAAACAGACUCAAUGAGGGUGGUAUGAGGCCCCGACGUCCACAGGUGGGGGUUGUGCUUACAGCCCAACACCGUGCAGGACGUUUGGCAUUUGCCAGAGAACACCAAGAUUGGCAAAUUCGCCACUGGCGCCCUGUGUUCUUCACAGAUAAAAGCAGGUUCACACUGAGCACGUGACAGAGUCUGGAGACGCCGUGGAGAACGUUCUGCUGCCUGUAACAUCCUCCAGCAUGACCGGUUUGGCGGUGGGUGGCAUUUCUUUGGGGGGCCGCACAGCCCUCCAUGUGCUCGCCAGAGGUAGCCUGACUGCUAUUAGGUACCAAGAUGAGAUCCUCAGACCCCUUGUGAGACCAUAUGCUGGUGCGGUUGGCCCUGGGUUCCUCCUAAUGCAAGACAAUGCUAGACCUCAUGUGGCUGGAGUGUGUCAGCAGUUCCUGCAAGAGAAAGGCAUUGAUGCUAUGGACUGGCCCGCCCGUUCCCCAGACCUGAAUCCAAUUGAGCACAUCUGGGACAUCAUGUCUCGCUCCAUCCACCAACGCCACGUUGCACCAGACUGUCCAGGAGUUGGCGGAUGCUUUAGUCCAGGUCUGGGAGGAGAUCCCUCAGGAGACCAUCCGCCACCUCAUCAGGAGCAUGCCCAGGCGUUGUAGGGAGGUCAUACAGGCACGUGGAGGCCACACACACUACUGAGCCUCAUUUCGACUUGUUUUAAAGGACAUUACAUCAAAGUUGGAUCAGCCUGUAGUGUGGUUUUCCACUUAAAUUUUGAGGGGGACUCCAAAUCCAGACCUCCAUGGGUUGAUACAUUUGAUUUCCAUUGAUAAUUCUUGUGUGAUUUUGUUGUCAGCACAUUCAACUAUGUAAAGAAAAAAGUAUUUAAUAAGAUUAUUUCAUUCAUUCAGAUCUAGGAUGUGUUGUUUAAGUGUUCCCUUAAUUUUUUUGAGCUGUGUAUGUGUAUAUGUGUGUGUGUGUAUAUAUAUAUAUAUAUAUAUAUAUAUAUAUAUAUAUAUAUAUAUAUAUAUAUAUAUAUAUAUAUAUAUAUAUAUAUAUAUAUAUAUAUAUAUAUAUAUAUAUAUAUACACACACACACACACACACACACACACACACAGUUGAAGUCGGAAGUUUACAUACACUUAGGUUGGAGUCAUUAAAACUUGUUUUUCAACCACUCCACACAUUUCUUGUUAACAAACUAUAGUGUUGGCAAGUCAGUUAGGACAUCUACUUUGUGCAUGACACAAGUACUUUUUCCAACAAUUGUUUACAGACAGAUUAUUUCACUUAUAAUUCACUGUAUCACAAUUCCAGUGGGUCAGAAGUUUACAUACAUUAAGUUGACUGUGCCUUCUAAACAGCUUGAAAAAUUCCAGAAAAUGAUGUCAUGGCUUUAGAAGCUUCUGAUAGGCUAAUUGACAUCAUUUGAGUCAAUUGGAGGUGUACCUGUGGAUGUAUUUCAAGGCCUACCUUCAGACUCAGUGCCUCUUUGCUUGACAUCAUGGGAAAAUCAAAAGAAAUCAGCCAAGACCUCAGAAGAAAAAUUGUAGACCUCCACAAGUCUGGUUCAUCCUUGGGAGCAAUUUCCAAACGCCUGAAGGUACCACGUUCAUCUGUACAAACAAUAGUACGCAAGUAUAAACACCAUGUGACCACGCAGCCAUCAUACCACUCAGGAAGGAGACGCGUUCUGUCUCCUAGAGAAGAACGUACUUUGGUGCGAAAAGUGCAAAUCAAUCCCAGAACAACAGCAAAGGACCUUGUGAAGAUGCUGGAGGAAACAGGUACAAAAGUAUCUAUAUCCACAGUAAAAUGAGUCCUAUAUCGACAUAACCUGAAAGGCCGCUCAGCAAGGAAGAAGCCACUGCUCCAAAACCGCCAUAAAAAAGCCAGACUACGCUUUGCAACUGCACAUUGGGACAAAGAUUGUACUUUUUGGAGAAAUGUCCUCUGGUCUGAAGAAAACAAAAAUACCAACUGUUUGGCCAUAAUGACCAUCGUUAUGUUUGGAGGAAAAAGGGGGUGGGUUGCAAGCCGACGAACACCAUCCCAACCGUGAAGCACGGGGGUGCUUUGCUGCAGGAGGGACUGGUGCACUUCACAAAAUAGAUGGUAUCAUGAGGAAGGAAAAUGAUGUGGAUAUAUUGAAGCAACAUCUCAUGACAUCAGUCAGGAAGUUAAAGCUUGGUCGCAAAUGGGCUUCCAAAUGGACAAUGACCCCAAGCAUACUUCCAAAGUUGUGGAAAAAUGGCUUAAGGACAACAAAGUCAAGGUAUUGGAGUGGCCAUCACAAAGCCCUGACCUCAAUCUUUUAGAACAUUUGUGGGCAGAACUGAAAAAGCGUGUGCGAGCAAGGAGGCCUACAAACCUGACUCAGUUACACCAGCUCUGUCAGGAGGAAUGGGCCAAAAUUCACCCAACUUAUUGUGGGAAGCUUGUGGAAGGCUACCUGAAACGUUUGACCCAAGUUAAACAAUUUAAAGGCAAUGCUACCAAAUACUAAUUGAGUGUAUGUAAACUUCUGACCCACUGGGAAUGUGAUGAAAGAAAUAAAAGCUUAAAUAAAUCAUUCUCUCUACUAUUAUUCUGACAUUUCAUGUUCUUAAAAUAAAGUGGUGAUCCUAACUGGCCUAAAAAGGGACUUUUUACUAGGAUGAAAUGUCAGGAAUUGUUUUAAUGAAUAUGGCUAAGGUGUACAGUUCCGACUUCAACUGUGUGUGUGUAUGUACACUGCUCAAAAAAAUAAAGGGAACACUUAAACAACACAUCCUAGAUCUGAAUGAAUGAAAUAAUCUUAUUAAAUACCUUUUUCUUUACAUAGUUGAAUGUGCUGACAACAAAAUCACACACAUUAUCAAUGGAAAUCAAAUGUAUCAACCCAUGGAGGUCUGGAUUUGGAGUCACCCUCAAAAUUAAGGUGGAAAACCACACUACAGGCUGAUCCAACUUUGAUGUAAUGUCCUUUUAAAACAAGUCAAAAUGAGGCUCAGUAGUGUGUGUGGCCUCCAUGUGCCUGUAUGACCUCCCUACAACGCCUGGGCAUGCUCCUGAUGAGGUGGCGGAUGGUCUCCUGAGGGAUCUCCUCCCAGACCUGGACUAAAGCAUCCGCCAACUCCUGGACAGUCUGGUGCAACGUGGCGUUGGUGGAUGGAGCGAGACAUGAUGUCCCAGAUGUGCUCAAUUGGAUUCAGGUCUGGGGAACAGGCGGUCCAUAGCAUCAAUGCCUUCCUCUUGCAGGAACUGCUGACACACUCCAGCCACAUGAGGUCUAGCAUUGUCUUGCAUUAGGAGGAACCCAGGGCCAACCGCACCAGCAUAUGGUCUCACAAGGGGUCUGAGGAUCUCAUCUCGGUACCUAAUGGCAGUCAGGCUACCUCUGGCGAGCACAUGGAGGGCUGUGCGGCCCCCCCAAAGAAAUGCCACCCCACACCAUGACUGACCCACCGCCAAACCGGUCAUGCUGGAGGUUGUUGCAGGCAGCAGAACGUUCUCCACAGCGUCUCCAGACUCUGUCACGUCUGUCACAUGUGCUCAGUGUGAACCUGCCUUCAUCUGUGAAGAGCACAAGGCGCCAGUGGCGAAUUUGCCAAUCUUGGUGUUCUCUGGCAAAUGCCAAACGUCCUGCACGGUGUUGAGCUGUAAGCACAACCCCCACCUGUGGACGUCGGGCCCUCAUACCACCCUCAUGGAGUUUCUGACCGUUUGAGCAGACACAUGCACAUUUGUGGCCUGCUGGAGGUCAUUUUGCAGGGCUCUGGCAGUGCUCCUCCUGCUCCUCCUUGCACAAAGGCGGAGGUAGCGGUCCUGCUGCUGGGUUGUUGCCCUCCUACGGCCUCCUCCACGUCUCCUGAUGUACUGGCCUGUCUCCUGGUAGCGCCUCCAUGCUCUGGACACUACGCUGACAGACACAGCAAACCUUCUUUCCACAGCUCGCAUUGACGUGCCAUCCUGGAUGAGCUGCACUACCUGAGCCACUUGUGUGGGUUGUAGACUCCGUCUCAUGCUACCACUAGAGUGAAAGCACCGCCAGCAUUCAAAAGUGACCAAAACAUCAGCCAGGAAGCAUAGGAACUGAGAAGUGGUCUGUGGUCACCACCUGCAGAACCACUUCUUAAUUGGGGGUGUCUUGCUAAUUGCGUAUAAUUUCCACCUGUUGUCUAUUCCAUUUGCACAACAGCAUGUGAAAUGUAUUGUCAAUCAGUGUUGCUUCCUAAGUGGACAGUUUGAUUUCACAGAAGUGUGAUUGACUUGGAGUUACAUUGUGUUGUUUAAGUGUUCCCUUUAUUUUUUUGAGCAGUGUAUGUGUGUGUGUAUAUAUAUAUAUAUAUAUAUAUAUAUAUAUAUAUAUAUAUAUAUAUAUAUAUAUAUCUAUAUCCAGUCAAAAGUUUGGACACCUACUCAGUUAAGGCUUUUUAUUUUAUUUUUAUUAUUUUUUACAUUGUAGAAUAAUAGUGAAGACAAACUUAUGAAAUAACAAAUAUGGAAUCAUGUAGUAACCAAAAAAGUGUUAAACAAAUCUAAAUGUAUUUGAGAUUCUUCAAAUAGGCACCCUAUGCCUUGAUGACAGCUUUGCACACUCUUGGAAUUCUCUCAACCAGCUUCAUGAGGUAGCCACCUGAAAUGCAUUUCAAUUAACAGGUGUGCCUUCAUAAAAGUUAAUUUGUGGAAUUUAUUUCCUGCUUAAUGCGUUAGAGCUAAUCAGUUGUGUUGUGACAAGGUAGGGGGGUAUACAGAAGAUGGCCCUAUUUGGUAAAAUACCAAGUUCAUAUUAUGGCAAGAACAGCUCAAAUAAGCAAAGAGAAACGACAGUCCAUCAUUACUUUAAGACAUGAAGGUCAGUCAAUACGGAACAGUUCAAGAACUUUGAACGUUUCUUUAAGUGCAGUCGCAAAAACCAUGAAACGGGUUCUGAUGAGGACCGCCACAGGAAUGGAAGACCCAGAGUUACCUCUGCUGCAGAGGAUCAUUUUGUCAGAGUUACCAGCCUCAGAAAUUGCAGCCCAAAUAAAUGCUUCACAGAGUUCAAGUCAUAGACACAUCUCAACGUCAACUGUUCAGAGGAGACUGCGUGAAUCAGGCCUUCAUGGUCGAAUUGCUGCAAAGAAACCACUACUAAAGGACACCAAUAAGAAGAAGAGACCUGCUUGGGCCAAGAAACACGAGCAAUGGACGUUAGACCGGUGUAAAUUUGUCCUUUGGUCUGGAGUCCAAAUUGGAGAAUUUUGGUUCCAACCUCAGUGUCUUUGUGAGACGCGGUGUGGGUGAACGUAUGAUCUCUGCAUGUGUAUUUCCCAUCGUAAAGCAUGGAGGAGGAGGUGUUAUGGUGUGGGCGUGCUUUGCUGGAGACACUGUCUGUGAUCUAUUUAGAAUUCAAGGCACACUUAACCAGCAAUGGCUACCACAGCAUUGUGAUUGAGAGAAUGCCAAGUGUGUGCAAGGCUGCAAUCAAGGCAAAGGGUGGCUAUUUGAAGAAUCUUAAAUAUAUUUUGAUUUGUUUAACACUUUUUUGGUUACUACAUGAUUCCAUAUGUGUUAUUUCAUAGUUUUGAUGUCUUCACUAUUAUUCUACAAUGUAGAAAAUAGUAAAAAUAAAGAAACUCUGGAAUGAGUAGGUGUCCAAACAUUUGACUGGGUGUUUGUGUGUGUGUGUGUGUGUGUGUGUGUGUGUAUAUACAGUGAGGGGGGAAAAAAGUAUUUGAUCCCCUGCUGAUUUUGUACGUUUGCCCACUGACAAAGAAAUGAUCAGUCUAUAAUUUUAAUGGUAGGUUUAUUUGGACAGUGAGAGACAAUAACAACACAAAAAUCCAGAAAGACGCAUGUCAAAAAUGUUAUAAAUUGAUUUGCAUUUUAAUGAGGGAAAUAAGUAUUUGACCCCCUCUCAAUCAGAAAGAUUUCUGGCUCCCAGGUGUCUUUUAUACAGGUAACGAGCUGAGAUUAGGAGCACACUCUUAAAGGGACUGCUCCUAAUCUCAGCUUGUUACCAGUAUAAAAGACACCUGUCCACAGAAGCGAUCAAUCAAUCAGAUUCCAAACUCUCCACCAUGGCCAAGACCAAAGAGCUCUCCAAGGAUGUCAGGGACAAGAUUGUAGACCUACACAAGGCUGGAAUGGGCUACAAGACCAUCGCCAAGCAGCUUGGUGAGAAGGUGACAACAGUUGGUGCGAUUAUUCGCAAAUGGAAGAAACACAAAAUAACUGUCAAUCUCCCUUGGCCUGGGGCUCCAUGCAAGAUCUCACCUCGUGGAGUUGCAAUGAUCAUGAGAACGGUGAUUGAAUCAGCCCAGAACUACACGGGAGGAUCUUGUCAAUGAUCUCAAGGCAGCUGGGACCAUAGUCACCAAGAAAACAAUUGGUAACACACUACGCUGUGAAGGACUGAAAUCCUGCAGCGCCCGCAAGGUCCCCCUGCUCAAGAAAGCACAUAUACAGGGCCGUCUGAAGUUUGCCAAUGAACAUCUGAAUGAUUCAGAUGAGACCAAAAUCGAGCUCUUUGGCAUCAACUCAACGCGCCGUGUUUGGAGGAGGAGGAAUGCUGCCUAUGACCCCAAGAACACCAUCCCCACCGUCAAACAUGGAGGUGGAAACAUUAUGCUUUGGGGGUGUUUUUCUGCUAAGGGGACAGGACAACUUCACCGCAUCAAAGGGACGAUGGACGGGGCCAUGUACCGUCAAAUCUUGGGUGAGAACCUCCUUCCCUCAGCCAGGGCAUUGAAAAUGGGUCGUGGAUGGGUAUUCCAGUAUGACAAUGACCCAAAACACACGGCCAAGGCAUCAAAGGAGUGGCUCAAGAAGAAGCACAUUAAGAUCCUGGAGGGGCCUAGCCAGUCUCCAGACCUUAAUCCAAUAGAAAAUCUGUGGAGGGAGCUGAAGGUUCGAGUUGCCAAACGUCAGCCCCGAAACCUUAAUGACUUGGAGAAGAUCUGCAAAGAGGAGUGGGACAAAAUCCCUCCUGAGAUGUGUGCAAACCUGGUGGCCAACUACAAGAAACGUCUGACCUCUGUGAUUGCCAACAAGGGUUUUGCCACCAAGUACUAAGUCAUGUUUUGCAGAGGGGUCAAACACUUAUUUCCCUCAUUAAAAUGAAAAUCAAUUUUUGACAUGCGUUUUUCUGGAUUUCUUUGUUGUUAUUCUGUCUCUCACUGUUCAAAUAAACCUACCAUUAAACUUUUAGACUGAUCAUGUCUUUGUCAGUGGGCAAAUCAGCAGGGUAUCAAAUACUUUUUUCCCUCACUGUGUGUAUAUGUGUGUGUAUGUGUAUAUAUUUAUAUGUAUAUAUUUAUAUGUAUGUAUUUGUGUAUGUAUAUCAUUUUAUUAAUCCCCAAUAAGGAAACACAAGUAUGCGAAUGUUCUUCAUAUCUUCAGCUGAACUGCAGUUGAAUCCUCAUCACAUCUGUCCUCUUCAUCCUCUGUCGUCCCCUGCAGAGUACUUCCUGCAUUCUGCCAACUCCCACCAGGAGGCGCUAGAGCAGACACUGGUGGCCCUGCAGAUGGACCUGGACAAGGACGUCAAGUACUUUGCCAGCGUGCAUCCUGGGAGCACUCGCCUCAGCGAGGACGCCAUGAGCACCACCUCCUCCACCUACUGAGCCCAGACCACCCCCCUCCCCACAGGUUAGGGGGCAGAGGGCUUGCGGUAUGCCCUUUACUGGCACUUCUACUUUUAAACAACCAGAAGGGGAGGACCCAUGCAUCAACACAACUUGCCCAACGCAGUGCAACACAACUCGACUCAAUACAACAGAAUUAUUUAGUGCUUCGAUUUUUAUUUUAAAUUUUUUUGCCACAUAAGCCUUAAGUGUCUUCCUUUAAACUGGAAAAUACUUGAAUGUCCGGAGUGGAUUCAGUGACUAACAAAACGAAUGGAAAAAAAACGCACAGGGAACGGAGCUGGACCAUUUCUCCCCAUCGGUUCCUCCUCUCUCGCGCACGCACUCAUCCUCCCCAGACUUAGCGGAAAAGCCAGUAUCUCACAAGCUUUAUCGAACCACGUAGCAGGACGACUGUCUCCAACUCAAAACGUUUAAACGGUGUAAAGUUUCUGUAAUUGCUUUUUCUUUUUGAUACUGUAUAAAUGACUCCUAUGCUGCAUAUAAAAAAGAAAGUCUGUACCAUCACAGCCUUCUUCUGUGGGCAGUGUCGGACGUAGCACGUUUUCUCCUACAGGGCUCCGGCUUCCAUUGUUUUAACUCUCUAGUGCAGCACAUUGUUGUACCCAUAGACAGAGGGCCACCCCCUGGCAGACAGGGGUUCCUGUUGUCAAUGAAAAAUACAUGUAUUUUUAUUAAUAUUAUGGCUGUCCGUUUGCGGCGUUUUAAGUAAACGGAGAGAUAUCCAAUUGUAAAAGGUCAGCACACACUCACUUGAAACGUGGUAUUUUAACCUGAGAAUAAAAUACUGCGACCCCCCCCCCCCCCCCCCCCUAUCCAACCCCUUCUGUUCUCCCCUUUGCUUCCCCCCCUCCUCCUCCUCCCUUAUACCCUAUCUGUACAUAUCUCAAGGAACUUUUCCAUUUUGAUCAAUGAUUAUGAAUAGUAUUGUGAUACACAUUUUUUUAUUUUAUUUGUUUUACCUGUCUCAACAUUAAAUAAAAAGCA